ACGCGGAGGACAAGGCACGCGGCGACCGCACCCCCACACACGGCUGGCGAUGAUCUGAGCGCCCCUCGGCCGCCCCCUCCCCCAGACGCAGACCGAGCCCUCCCCUCGCGCUCCGGACCCACAGGGGCGCGCACAACAUCCCCACUUGCCUUGUCUCGACCGCCUCCCGGGCGCUCCCCGGUCGAGGCCAGCCCGCGCCGAAGGUCGGCGCCCGCCAGGAUGAGCGGCUCUUUCGAUCGCAAACUCAGCAGCAUCCUCACCGACAUCUCCAGCUCGCUGAGUUGCCAUGCGGGCUCCAAGGACUCGCCCACGCUACCCGAGUCUUCGGUCACGGACCUGGGUUACUACAGCGCUCCCCAGCACGACUACUACGCGGGCCAGCCCUACGGCCAGACCGUGAACCCUUACACCUACCACCACCAGUUUAACCUCAACGGGCUCGCCGGCACGGGCGCCUAUUCGCCCAAGUCGGAAUAUACCUACGGGGCGUCCUACCGUCAGUAUGGAGCCUACCGGGAGCAGCCGCUGCCGGCGGCGCAGGACCCAGUGUCGGUGAAGGAGGAGCCGGAAACCGAGGUGCGCAUGGUGAACGGCAAGCCCAAGAAGGUCCGAAAGCCGCGCACCAUCUACUCCAGCUACCAGCUAGCCGCUCUGCAGCGCCGCUUUCAGAAGGCCCAGUACCUGGCGCUGCCCGAGCGCGCCGAGCUGGCCGCACAACUGGGCCUCACGCAGACGCAGGUGAAAAUCUGGUUCCAAAACCGCCGGUCCAAGUUCAAGAAGCUCUACAAGAACGGGGAGGUGCCCCUGGAGCACAGUCCCAACAACAGCGACUCCAUGGCUUGCAACUCGCCGCCGUCGCCUGCCCUCUGGGACACAUCCUCCCACACCACUCCGGCCCCUGCCCGCACUCAGCUGCCUCCGCCACUCCCGUACAGUGCCUCCCCCAGCUACCUGGACGACCCUACCAAUUCGUGGUACCACACGCAGAAUCUGAGCGGACCCCACUUACAGCAGCAGCAGCAGCCCCCUCAGCCAGCCACCCUGCAUCAUGCCUCCCCCGGGCCCCCACCCAAUCCUGGGGCUGUGUACUGAGCACCUGUCUGACCUGCACCAGCCCCCACCACGAAGGACCCCCCACCCCCACCCCGGGGACCAGGCUGCAGGCGCCAUCACCACCAGCAGUGCGUCUAGCCAACACUCAGGAAUCAUCAAAGAGCAUGUCGGGAAGGCCCCUGUUUUUCUCCUCUGCAUCUGCAUGGACCAAGGCUGUCCCUGGCCUUCCCCCCACCCCGGCAGCUGGCCUGGGGUGCCUCUCCAGAUGCCCCAGUGAAAACAGCUCCUGGAGCCGUGGUGGCCUGUGAGUGGCCCAUCAUGGCCACCUUUCAGUUCCUGAAAACUCAGUACCUGUUUUCCAAACUGGAGAUGCUGGGCCUGGGGGAGACUGCCGGGAGCCUGCAGGUAUGGCUGGGAAGCCAGAGAACCAGGGAACUGGGCGCUGGGGCUCAUCGAACCUGCCAGGCCCAGCCCUUCCUAGGCCACCUGGUGCCUGCUCCUUGCUGAGCAACCCCUCUCUGCCAAAAGAGAAACCAGACAUGGCAACAAUGAGGGGGGGUGUCUCAGGGUGGGGGAGUGGGCAUGUGCUCCCCCCAACUCUGCACUUCUAAGCCCUCACUGAAGAUUUGAGGGUAAAACCAAAGACAACUCCCCCCGUGUGGGGAUCUUUUAAUAUUUGUGGCUUAGAUGGAAAAGCUAAGGGAGCCCUCUCCUUCCUUGCUCCCACUCUGUCAGGGGAGAAAGGGGAAGGGGGUUUCCCAUAUCCCUCCCAAGGACCAUUUCUUAUUCCGUGCACAGGACUUUUGCACAACUUUGAUUUUGAAAGCUGUUGAAAACCUAGGAAAAGAAAGGGCAUUGUUACCAAAUAGGACACAACCUCCCCUCUUGGGGGAAGGAGGGCAGUUUGAUCCUGCCAUCCCACCCACCCCACCUCCACCGCUCCUCCUCCCCUUCCCUCCAGUAGCUGGCAGCCUUGGCGCCAAACCCCGAAUCUCCAAGGAGAUCAACCAGGCAAGCCCCCCAAAACUCCCCUUCCGGUGGCCUUGGAGACAGCUGGAGAAUGUGGGGGUGUGGUGUCAAGGAGGGAAGCAGCUUCGAACGCUGUGCCUUGUGAGGGGGGCUGGAGGCGCUGUCCCAUAUGCCCCCCACAGCCAACUUCCCUCCCUCCCACCCCAUGAUGUGGCGGUGAGGUGGACGCUGUGGCUCUAUAUAUAGUAUGUUUUUUUUUUUUUCUAAGAGUAAAAGGGGACAGCCUCCUCCCUCCUGUGGUUUCCUAUUUAUGUGACUCCUUCCUCCUGGACAGGUCGCCCUGUGCAGCAAGAGCUGAGAGCAAGAGGGGUGUGGGCUGCGGCUGCGUCCCCUCUCGUGGGAGGUGCGGGAGUCAGGAGACAGACAGACGCGGGUCUCCAAGAGUCUCACCCAGGGACACAGGGAUGGGCCAGCUCCCGGCCCUCCUGCCCUUCUCACUCCUGCCUCGUUACUGGCC